GUAUAUUUGCAUGUAUAUUAACUCAAGUGUCAAACAUAAUUUUCAUAUGUGCCUUAAUUUUUAAAUUAUUAUACUCAUUUUAGAAUAGUGAAUUUAGCAGUGCGUGACAUUAAGCAAAAUUAUUAGUCGUAGUUAAGUCUGUUUUACCUUGUAACCUUAGGUUACGUAACUUUGAAUUUGAUUUGUGAAUUUUGAUUUGAUCAAACCAAUAAUAAUAGUACUAGUAGGCUUAGGCCUUAAAUUAAAACUUGUGAAAAAGAAUGCUUAAGUAUAAUUAACUUUACACUCUUGUAAUGAGUUUUAUAAACAUAACUUGUCACAAGCGUAAAGAUUUGUACAUCUCCUCGAACUUCGAAGUGGAUGGUCGGUUUUAGAAAAAUAGGCCUACAACUUACAAGUGUUUACAGUUUUUUUUUCUGACUCAGAUUUACGUUUGCCAGAAACUGAGAAAGUUUCUUAACAAGACAGAAAAACAAAACGGGAAAGCAGAAACACCAUUCCUUUCCUAGAAAGGGGAGCUCUUGUGUCUGAAGUGAACAGGGAUUUUACAAUAUGAAUGUAAGGUUUCCAAAACAGCUACAGAACUUCUUUAAUGAAGGUGCUAUCCAAGAUGGCCAUGAAGCCCUGAGCAUAGCUUUCCAUUCAUUUAUGUUGGAGACUGGUUUUCAACCACGUGAUACAAAGUCAAGUGAAGAACUACCAAAUAGUUGGAGGAAAGCUGGAAGCUAUUGUGUGACUUACUCUCAUCCAACAUGUCCAGAAGUUACGUGUACACUAACCUGUGUUCCAAUUGGAUCAUUUUUGAUAUCUUAUUUGUUUACAGAAAAAUCUCUUGAUAGCCCAAUUCAACUUAAGAUGAAAGUCCAGAAAUACAUUGAAGAGGAUUUUAAAAAUUCAGAUUCUUCAAAAGAUAUAGAUAAAGUUUACAAGAAUUUAACUCAUUUAUCCAAGAUUUUUAAGGAUAGUGUUGCUUACAAAAUUCUGGCUUCCCUUCAAUCAGCAAUGGGUAUAUGUCCGACAUUUGGGUUUCCAUGUUUACCAUACGAUAUAAAGGUUUUAAUUCUCAUGUAUCUACCUGUGAGAGAUAUUAUAAGAAUGUCAGCUACCAAUAAAGAGUUUCACAUCAUUACGCAGGAUAUUCUACUUUGGAGGUAUCUGUUUUUCAGGGACUUUCCAACAGAAGCCCAGAAGUAUGAAAAAAAAAGUCCAGAUUGGAAGAAUCUUUAUCAAAAGGAAUACAAGAGGAAACAAGAACUUCUUUCCUUACAAAGCCGUUCUGUAAUAGUUGUUCCAAAUUUCCCUUUUCAAAGUAAUGAUCAUGAAGGAAUUCCGAGAGUAAUGUGGCCACCAGGAAUUUUAGGUGGAGAAUUUGAUAGACACCCUAACCUUCCAGGACUUCCCCCACAACCAUCAUUUAGAGAUUUUGGUCCAAGAAUUCCUAGCAACUUUAGAGGACCUGCACCACCACCAUUUCACUUUCUGUAGCUGUAUCUUAGGACUGAUAAGUCGCAUAUAUAUGUAGAGAAAAAUAUGUAUACAGAUGUAUAUAUAAUGGACAUUUAUUCAGUAAAAAUCUCAUUUGGUAUUUGUUUACAAGUUACUGUUUAUCAGUUUAAACUGACUAGAAAUUAUAAUCUUGACUACUGUCUACCUAACAGUUAAGAGCCUAUAUCAAUAAAUUAAUUUCUUGCUCGUUCUCACAAAGUAAGUUUUCCAUCUGAAUUGCAUAAUUAGAUAAACAUUGUUUUGAUAUGCGAUAAAAUCUUUCUCAAAAACAGAAAAUUUUAUUUUUUGUUAACUAGUUGAUAAUUCAUUGUUCUAACCUCUAAUUAUUAGCUUGCAUUUUAUCAUUGACUGUUCUUGAGCUUGGUAUGAAUCACCCCAGAACUAAUUUUAUGUAACAGAUCAUAAACUUAUGUAGAAAAACACUUUUACCAUCUCAACAUUAAAGGUGGUUGUCAAUACAAGAUUGAUUUGUAGUAAUCAACUUUAAAUACAUUGCUGAUUAUGUACAUGUAACAUUAACAGUUGAUGCCAUUUUUAGCAGCACCUUAUGCCAUACAAAAUAGUUUUGGUUUUACUGUUAUCACCUAUCAGUUAUUGUAAGCUAUGUCCGGUAUAGUUUCAUUGCUUAAAACAGUAAAGCUUUAGUCUUCUAUAACACACUGGCAUUAUUGUGUGAGUGCAGGAAACUUGCUCUUGGAAAUAAAAGCCUAUUAUUUUGUUGUUUGUAUUAAUGCUGUGAUAAAUGCAUUUCAAUAUAAAAGUUUCUAUUUCAGUUUUGUAGUUUAAAAAGACUUAAAUUACUCUCGAAUGAAUAAACAUUUUGUAUAUGUACUGUAAAA